AUGGGCAUGACACGCUUGGGGAGAAGACGGUUCGAUGAUAAAAAAGAUGAUGUAGAGGAAAGUUGUAUAGGAAUAAGGCGUCUGGGAAGAUCAUCAUAUUGCAGUCAAGAUUGGAGAACUGUGUUAAAUGAGAUGCAAAACUUGUGGAACCAACUAUCCAAUAGAGAAAAAUAUAAGUGGCAAUAUAUAUGUUUAGCUAUAUGGCCAGAAUAA